AUGUCCAAGUACUGGCGCGUCUGGUUCCCCUACUUCAACUCCAACCUUACCGAUGAACGUGAAAUCCUCUACGCAAUGCUCCGCGACAUCGACUCCCAUCGCGUGAGAAUUAUGCCCGGCAGCAGCCGCGACAGAGAAGAUAACUUCCUCGAGGUAUGCCUUAUUGUCAAAACCCCCAGCUGCGUUAACGCUUACUAUGAGGUCAUCCCUUAUGCGCAUGCGCAGGUCCGUGAGGAUCUGCAUAGUGGACGGAUAUUGCCGUAUACCAGGCCUGCUUUGCAUUGGCGCUAA